CCCACACGGGUUCUCCACUUACGGGCACGAUAUGGCUGACAACACACUCAAAGGCCUUACUUCCUCUACCGAUACCUUCUCCGGCGAAGGCCUCAGGAUAGGCAUCGUACAUACACGGUGGAAUAAGCAGGUCGUCGAUGCGCUCGUUGCUGGUGCACUGGGCAAGCUGAGGGAGAGGGGGGUGAAGCAGGAGAACGUCGUGGUGCAAGAAGUACCGGGGAGCUAUGAGCUGCCUUUCGCUUGCUCUAGGAUGAUCGCUGCCUCUCAGUUGCAGGCUAGCAGCGCUGCCCCGGACCUAAUGGACUCCACCGCCCUUCUCUCGCUCGCCGGCCCUGCACCCGUCGCCCAAACCGGCGCUUCCACCUCCACCCUAGACGCGAUAAUUGCCAUCGGUGUACUGAUCAAAGGGUCGACGAUGCACUUCGAGUACAUCUGCGAUGCGACCUCCCAGGCGCUUAUGAAGCUGCAGAUGGACACAGGCGUGCCGGUCAUCUUUGGCGUGCUUACGUGCUUGAACGACGAGCAGGCGCUGGCUAGAGCUGGCUUGGGAGAGGGGCAGAAACAUAAUCAUGGUGGGGAUUGGGGGCUGGCGGCGGUGGAGAUGGGAGCGAAGAACAGACUUUGGGGACAAGGGAAGUUCCAUUGACCGGACUGAGCGAGGACGAAAAGAGAUAUGCCCCUGCUACGGGAAGCAAGUGUAUUCUAGACAGGAAAGAAGAAUGAAUGAAUACUAGACCGCGCAUCUA